AUGGCAGCGCUCCAUCUCGCGGAAUGGCACAAGCUGCCCAUCAGUCUCUCCGAGCUCUGCAUCAACACCACUCUCCGCUGCGGACAAUCCUUCAGGUAUCCCACUUUCCCCACCUUCACCCCCUUCACCCACGUCGUGCGAUCUAACACCAUCCAGAUGGCGCAAAUCCGACUCGGGCAUCUGGUCCAUGGCCCUCCACAACCGCAUCCUCUCCCUGCACCAGGACCCGGAUCACCUCUACUACCGCUCCUUCCCGCCCGCCUCAUCCAUCUCCCAGGCCCCUCCGACGCCCCCAUCUUCCACACCGGACCCGACGAAAGAAGACGAAGAAGAGGAGACUCUGGAACUCAUCAGGCAUUACUUCAACCUCACUCCGAAUCUCACCGAACUCUACCAGCACUGGUCGGCCUCGGAUUCGAAUUUCGCUCGCAAAGCCCCGAAAUUCACGGGCAUCCGCAUCCUGAAACAGGACGCCUGGGAAGCGCUCGUGGGCUUCAUCUGUAGCUCCAAUAACAACAUUGCGAGAAUUUCGCAGAUGGUGCAGAAACUGUGCAGGCACUAUGGUCCGCUGAUUGGAUUUUUGGACAAGGAAGGAAAUCCCACCACCACCACCACCACCAGCGAGGAGGGGGAGGACGCAGACGCAGAGGCAUAUUACGAUUUCCCCGACGCCCGAGCCCUCGCCAAGGAAGGCGUCGAAGCCCACCUCCGAGCGCUGGGCUUCGGAUACAGAGCGAAGUACAUCUACCAGACAGCCUGCAUCAUCGCUUCCCAACCCGCCGACUACCUCGACACCCUCCGGAACCCGGAAUCCAAUCAACCCUCCGCCUCCGCCUCCGCCGGCCCUUUCACCCCAGCCGGCAGAGCGGGCUACCGAACAGCGCACACCGCCCUCCUCGCCCUGCAAGGCGUAGGCCCCAAAGUCGCCGACUGCGUCUGCCUCAUGGGCCUCGGCUGGGGCGAGGCGGUGCCCAUUGACACGCACGUCUGGCAGAUCGCCCAGCGAGACUAUAGAUUCGGCAAGGGGAAGCAUGCCUCACUAACCAGGGGCGUGUAUGAAGCGCUCGGGGAGAAGUUCCGCGGGCUCUGGGGCGUGGAAGCCGGGUGGGCGCAGAGCGUGCUGUUUACGGCGAAUUUGAGGGCUUUCAGUGAGAGGUUGGUCGCGAAGAAGGAGGGGGAAGAAGAAGUAAAGACGGAGGUGAAGGUGAAGAAGGAGGAGGAGGAGGGGAGGGAUGUCGUUGUUGUUGUGAAGAAGGAGAAGGUAUUGGAGAAAGCCAUCAAGCGGGACUGGGAAGAUGAGGAGGAGAGGAAAGUCCUGGAAGUGGUGCAGGAGAAAGUGGUGAGGAGGAAUAAGAGAAGACGCAGAGAUUAA